CUUUUUACUUUCUGUUCUUUGGUGCUCUGGAACUUGCAGAGAGAGGUAGAGUGGGUAAGGGGAGGCCGAGGCUGUGAUACUUUGCAUACACAUCCCUGUCAUUGUUCUGCCUGAAGAGACAGGGCUGGGUUCAAGGCCACAUGUGCUCCUGUCAUCAUCCACAUUUCUGCUCCAAGUGCAAUCCGGAGUGUCAGCUCUCCAUCUGUCUCUGCCUGGCAGGCGCACGCGCCCAGCACCCUGCCUCGGGCUAUGCCGUCCCAGUCCCUUCUCACGGCUCUCCUCUCUCUGCUGCGCUCAUUCCAGAACAGGAGGCAUGAGCUCUGAUUGCGCCGGCUUUUAGGAGACAGCCACUUUUCUGUGUGGACCCUGCAUUCAAGGAUGCCUGGAGAGAGUCCUUCCCUUGAAGAUAUAGAGCACUGGCAGAAUUUGUUGCAUGAAAUGAGAAGGCCUGCACCAAAGCUGGAAGGGUUGAAGCCAGUUCAGAAGAGUAGGAAGUGAGGCCCUGUUGGAGAGGAGAGGCCAGGGUCCAAGAGAAUUCACUGAUACUUCUAGCAACAACUACAAGAAUGAUACCACAAGAGAAAAGGAGUAAGAAAUCGGACUGAGAAACACUCCACGAUGCCUGACUCACCUGUGGAUGUGAAGACUCCGUCCAGGCUGACUCCUCCCACGAUGCCACCUCCCCCAACAACUCAAGGAGCCCCGAGAACCAGUUCAUUUACACCGACAACAUUAACUAAUGGCACGAGCCAUUCACCCACAGCCUUGAAUGGUGCCCCCUCGCCGCCCAAUGGCUUUAGCAAUGGCCCUUCCUCUUCUUCCUCUUCUUCUCUGGCUAACCAGCAGCUGCCUCCUGCUUGCGGUGCCCGGCAGCUCAGUAAGCUGAAGCGGUUCCUUACCACCCUGCAGCAGUUUGGCAAUGACAUUUCACCGGAGAUAGGAGAGAGAGUCCGCACCCUCGUGCUAGGACUGGUGAACUCUACUUUGACAAUUGAAGAAUUUCAUUCCAAACUGCAAGAAGCUACUAACUUCCCACUUCGACCUUUUGUCAUCCCAUUUUUGAAGGCCAACUUGCCCCUGCUGCAGCGUGAGCUCCUCCACUGCGCAAGGCUGGCCAAACAGAACCCUGCCCAGUACCUCGCCCAGCAUGAACAGCUGCUUUUGGAUGCCAGCACCACCUCACCUGUUGACUCCUCAGAGCUGCUUCUCGAUGUGAACGAAAACGGGAAGAGGCGAACUCCAGACAGAACCAAAGAAAAUGGCUUUGACAGAGAGCCUUUGCACUCAGAACAUCCAAGCAAGCGACCAUGCACUAUUAGCCCAGGCCAGCGAUACAGUCCAAAUAACGGCUUAUCCUACCAGCCCAAUGGCCUGCCUCACCCCACCCCACCUCCACCUCAGCAUUACCGUUUGGAUGAUAUGGCCAUUGCCCACCACUACAGGGACUCCUAUCGACACCCCAGCCACAGGGACCUCAGGGACAGAAACAGACCUAUGGGGUUGCAUGGCACACGUCAAGAAGAAAUGAUUGAUCACAGACUAACAGACAGAGAAUGGGCAGAGGAAUGGAAACAUCUUGACCAUUUGUUGAACUGCAUAAUGGACAUGGUAGAGAAAACAAGGCGAUCUCUCACUGUACUAAGGCGAUGUCAGGAAGCAGACCGGGAGGAACUGAAUUACUGGAUCCGGCGGUAUAGUGAUGCUGAGGACUUAAAAAAGGGCAGCAGCAGUAGCAGCAGCCACUCCAGGCAGCAGAGUCCCGUUAACCCAGACCCAGUUGCAUUAGAUGCGCAUCGGGAUUUCCUUCACAGGCCUGCUUCUGGAUACGUGCCAGAGGAGAUCUGGAAGAAAGCUGAGGAGGCCGUUAACGAGGUAAAGCGCCAGGCGAUGACUGAGCUGCAAAAGGCCGUGUCCGAAGCCGAGAGGAAAGCCCACGACAUGAUCACGACAGAGCGCGCCAAGAUGGAGCGCACCGUCGCAGAGGCCAAGCGGCAGGCGGCAGAAGACGCGCUCGCUGUCAUUAAUCAGCAGGAGGAUUCCAGUGAGAGUUGCUGGAAUUGUGGUCGUAAAGCAAGUGAAACCUGCAGUGGCUGUAACACAGCCCGAUACUGUGGCUCAUUUUGCCAACACAAAGACUGGGAGAAGCACCACCACAUCUGUGGACAGACGCUGCAGGCCCAGCAGCAAGGGGACACGCCUGCGGUCAGCUCUUCUGUCACGCCCAACAGUGGGGCUGGGAGCCCGAUGGACACACCACCAGCAGCCACCCCGAGGUCUACUACUCCGGGGACCCCUUCUACCAUAGAGACAACCCCUCGCUAGAUGUGAACUCAGAACUGUCGGAGGAAAGACAGCACAACCAACAUGAAAUUAAUUCCUCACCCUCAGAUGCUCAGUUGUUUUUUUGUUUGUGUGUUUAUAGAUGAACUAUCCUAUUUCAGUACUUCAGCAAGAGAUAACCUAACCGUAUCUUGAGGCGGUAGUAAAACAGAGGGCCAGUAACGGGUCAUAAUGACUUAUUGUGGAUAACAAAGAUAUCUUUUCCUUAAAGAACUGAAAAGAGAGCAGAGAAUAUAACAUGAAAUGAUAGAUUUGACCUCCUCCCUGUUAUUUUCCAGUAGCUGGGAUUUUAAACUAGAUGACCUCAUUAACCGAUGCUUUACCAAACAGCAAACCAAGAGAUUGCUAAUUGCUGUUGAAAGCAAAAUGCUAAUAUUAAAAGUCACAAUGUUCCUGAUAUACAAUAAUGGAAAAAAAAAAAAAGAGGAAAUCCCUCAAGGGCAUGACCAUUGGCUACAGUAGUAGACAUUUUAACAAGAAGAUGAAUGGCAUCCAUGGGUUGCUAACUGAACUUUGAAGACCCACUACAAAUACGCAAAUGUGUAGCAUAUUGGAAGGAGAAACAGAUGUUUGGGGUUUUUUUUCCUGUUUCUAAAAAGAAAUAAUAUCCAGGUCAACAGAAUGAAAAAUGAAAGAAUGUUUGCACUGGGAUGUAUGAAUAUAGUAGCAAGAAAAAAAAUGCCAUAAAUGGAAGGCUCCUUUACACACACACACACACACGCACACGCACACGCACACGCACACGCACUCACACACGCACGCACACACACGUCUGUUAAGAGACUCAGCCUGCAGUUAAUUAGCAUUCUGGCAGCUCUGACAUCAGCCAGCUGCCCUAAAUAGCCCUUCAACGUUUCUUCAUUUUUGUAAGGUUCCACAGAGUAAGACAUUGGGUCUAUUCCAGCUCAUUUUAUAUUGAAAAAUAAUUUUUAAAAAAUGGUGGCUUCAGCUCCAGCCCCUUUCCAAAUUUUUUCAAUCCCACCCUGUUUGGAUUUUUAAUUAAAAACUAGUAGUUCUCUUGGUGUUAAAACACUUCUGUCCUUGUGAGGUUUCCAAUGGUGUUUUUCUUGUAAAUGUGUUGGACAAAUGUGAAGAUGCAUUGUAGUUUAACCAUAUGCCCACAUUUAGUCUCUUUAUUCCUAGUUGGUGAGAAACCUGUAUCUUUCUAUGCUGCUUUUAUAUCUGUAUGUAUUAAUGAUAUUUCUCUAGUAGUUCAGAAAAAAAAAAAAAAGAAAAAAAAGACUUUUUUGGUUGUCCUCAAGAAAAGAAGAAAAAAGUUAUCUUUCGGAGCUGCUAUUUCACUCUAAGAUUUUUUUUCCCCCCUAAAAACCAGCAUGCUUCAUGGAAUGCUAACAUAUUGGUGUUUUUGUAAGAGGGAAUGUACAUAAAUGUAUUUUGCACUGUCACAAUGACUCCCUAGGCAUGCUUUUUUUUUUUUUUUAAGCAAACUUCUUGAAUAUGCUAGAGCCAUUUCACCAAGUUCAGCUGUAGCAUAGAGUAGUAGUGGAAUAUUUCUUUUUUCUUUUUUUGGAAAAAUCAUUAUUUGGGACUUUUUUAAAAAAGUAACAAGAUAUCCUACUUUUAAAAAAGACAGUGCAUGCAUAAUCCUGUAAAGUUGUUUAAGUAUUUCUAAUUUUACAAAAAAAAAAAGAUAAAUCAUUAGAGCUCCAAAUGCUGAGGUGUAGACUGACAGCUUUAACACUGCU